CCUCUAGCCGCGCAGCUCUUGGACAGAAUGGCGGCUCUUUUGGAAUCUCUCCUUGUGAAGAAAGCGGAUAUUAAAACAGUCUUGGACUGGCUCACGAAUGCUAAGCACGAUGACAGCCUGGCAAUCAGUGAACCUGCCUUGACGGUUUACAAACAAGAAUUUGUCCCUUUUCUGUUAAACUUCCUGAGAGAGCAGAGCAGCCAGGCACUAACUCAUGGCCCUGCCACUCCUGCAAAGACCCCUAGUCGCCCCAGACCCACUGCACAGUCCCAGGGCUUUACUGACAGAAGGGGCUGCAGAUCUGCUGGUGGUGGUGCUGGUUCUCGGAGUGCCAGCCGUGUCCAGCUGUUUUCUCCUGCCUCCUCUGUGUCACCUGGAAAUGAUUGGGAUGCUUCUGGGCAAUCUGGGUCACACUGUCUAAGUGGGAUCAGUGCCUUCAGCAGCCCCUCUUUCACUACAACAUGGAGCCCCGCUUCCAGGCCUUCAGGCUCUGAACGUCGGCCUGGACAUAGGAUCAGUCUGGGGGACUACAUGGUUUCUCCUCCUGAGCAUCAGCACAGCCCAAAUGUCCAGCCUCAAAAGGGUCGCAGGAGAAGUGGAGGCAGCACGGCAGUGGUGGGACAAGGGAGACAUGGAGGAGGGCGAGGGGGGCAUCACAGUGAUGACACUGGACGCUGGGAGAGUGGGAUGAGGAGGUCAGGUAGAGGAGGAGGGCACAGUAGGAUAAGCGAGCAGGUGUCACCUCCAUCAGUGGGGCAGCUCAACUUCGGCAACUUAGAGGAGUUUCCUCCAGUUGGGACGUCACCACUUUCCCCAGCGGCAUCCAAACCAUCACGGAGAAUAAACCCAACACCAGUUGGUGCAGAGCGACCACACUCAAAGCCAAAGACCUGCUUCACCUCCACACCAUUCAGCAAACCAUCAACUCCCCCUUUAGUUUCAGAGGCAGCUGAGGGGUUGAUGACAGUGGGAAGUCCUCUCAGCCUGCAUGAAGAGAGGGAGCUACUAAAGCGGGAAAAGACAAGGCUUGCCCAGCAGGUUGGCUCUCCUCUGCCAACCUCUCUGGACCCCAGCACACCGACCAAGACGGGGCUCAGGAUUGGAUCUAAAGCCACUCCAGAUCUGCAGACACCCUGUCCUGAACCAUCCAAAGUCAUCUUUUCUUUGGAACUAGACCUCCUGGCAGAGCUGUACUGUACCUGCAUCUCUGAAAACCUUGUGCCAAACAUUUUCUUGGAGCUUUUCUUUGUGAUACAGUUACUGACGUCUCAGUCUCCUCACAAUCACGAUGAUGAUGAGCAGGAAAGUUUGUGUGCAGGGAAUUCAGAUGUACUUGAGAAGUGUUACCUACGACAAGUACACAACUGCGUGUAUUUUGCGGUGAAGGUACUAGAGAAUCAGUUUCAGUUGGUUGCUCAUUUGGACAAGUGUACAUUGCGUCUGCUGGCAGAGAAUGAACGGGUGGCAUCUUUUUCUCCGGAUCUCAGGAACCGUCUGACUCAGGCCCAAGACAAAAGCACAGCCAAGCUCUCUCCUUCAGUUUCCACUUUCAUCCAUUCAGUCCCAUUCCAGCCGGCCACUGACAAUCGGUCCAAUUUUGGUAGUGACAAGGCCUUUCACACCUUUAAAAAACAGAGGGAUAUUUUUUAUGAGGUAUUACGAGAAUGGGAAGACUUUCACAAAGAGCCAGGGUGGAACUUUGACUCUGCCCUUGGAAGUAGAAUAAGAGGAAUUAUGAGUCAGCUGACUUCUGCAGGAAACCAUUCCCACUUUUCCCGUCUCUUCCUUAAGCAGCUUGUUCAGAUGUGUAAAGGCCCUUGUGUGAACAGCUCUCCUGGAGAUACUCCUGAUGCUGACCUGCUAGGCAUGCUGGGAGCAGACAGCCUGGGGCGCCUCAAACGCCUCGAGGAGCGUCUCAUUCAGCCUCAUGGAGUCGCAGGUCCCUGCCCUCCUCCUUCCUUUCCUGGUCAUCAGGAGUUCUUCAGGGAUUUUCUACAGACAGCCAGCUGCUGCCAGCUGAACCAGCAUUUGCAGGACAGCCUGUGUCAGCAGCUCCUCCAGCUGGAUGAGGUGUCCAUCAUUAGCCCUAAAGCUUCCAUUGGAGAGGGCGAGGAGGAGGGAGAGGGUGAUAUGGAGCAGCAGGAUGAGAAGCAGAGGUUCACAUCAGUGCUGCUUCUUGCUCGUCUUCUUGCCAAGUUUCUUGGAUUUAUUUCCUUUCUACCUUACCAAACAACUGAGAGACCGUCCAGGGAAAUACAGGAGACUGCUAUAGAGCUGCGCAGCAAGAGUGUUCCUGUGCUGGAUGUGUGUGCAGUCCUGAGUAACAGUAUGAAAAGAAGGCGCACCAUCCUGACAGUGCCCUGGCUGGUGGAGUUUCUCUCCAUGCUUGACUUCAUUGGUCCUCUUUUGCUCUGUUAUAGAGCUGUGUUGGGCACAUUGCUUUUACUGUACAGGAGAAUGUUGCUGGGCAGAUGUGGAGAAAUGUGUUACCUGAACAAGCUGCUCAUGGUUUCUGUGUUGGGCUGGCUUUUUCAAAUUCCAGUGAUCCCUGAGGACAUUUUCUUCACUAAUGAUUUCACUGAGAUGGCUAAGCUGGAGGACAACAUUACAAGUGCUGCAGGGCUUGAUGGCAUUCCUUUGGUGGAUCAGCAGCUUCUCUAUAUAUGCUGUCCAUUUCUCAGUGAGUUUCGUAAGCUUCUCGCUGCUUUUGUGUCUGGAAGUACUGCCAAAAGUGGAGGAAUCAUUCGCAAGAUCACUCCCACUUCUGCUGAGCUCAGGGAUACGCCGACCACCAACAGAUCGCAGCAGAAACUGCAGGUGGAUCUCGAGCAAGCCUUCUUCCACAACCAGCCACCGUCGCUGCGCCGCACAGUGGAGUUUGUGGCAGAGAGAAUUGGAUCCAAUGCCGUCAAACAUAUGAAGGCAACAUUAGUGAGUGAGCUGGUGGAUCGUGGGGAACAGAUGCUGAAAGGCGGCCUGGAGUCACCAAACUCAAACCCUUCCAAACUGAAUGAGUCCAUCUGUGCUCAGCUGUGCGUCGCGGGGUUGGAGGCGCUAGCAAGGGCUACCAGAUUUUGCAGUGAGAAAAGUCCUGAAGCCAUACGAAUUCUUCUCCCUGAAGAGACCUCCUCCACUGUCUUGACCACAUCGGAAAACAUCACCAAACGCCUCGCAACAGAAAAGGCCUGCAGCUGGCUCUCUGCAAACAUCACAGCCCUAAUCAGACGAGAGUGGAAGAGCAGGUAUGACCGUGUGAUGAAGGCGGUGGGAAGCCCACCGGUUCCAGACUCCGGUGAUGUGGUCGAGCUGGUCAUUCAGGAGCAGUCAACUACACCUAAGAGGAAACAAGGAAGUGAGAGAGUGACAUCCUGCCCUCCACACUGCAGCCACAGUGCUUCACUGCCCUCUGACGUCCUCAUAGAGAUGAAGGAGUUGCUGAGUGUCGCAGUCGGCCCCAGGACUGAUGAGGAGCUGCCAACUGGUUCUCAGAUCAAUACGCUGCUACAGAGAGUGGGAGAAACACUGGCUUGCAGGAAGUAUUCAACUGCAGUGUCAGAGCAGAUGCUGGUGAACUGCACUGUCCUACUGGCCUGCAAACUGGUGUCUGCAGAGCUGCCGGUGCUGCCUCCAUCAGGGUGCGUCAAAGGUGACAGGGUUGUUGUGGGUCCUGGUUCAGGGUCAGAGCCUCCUGUCAGAGCACUGCUGGAGCAGCUUGUUGAGCUAUGGGAAGGAGACUGUUGUUCCUCUGCCCCCCUCCACCUUCUAUUUACCCCCCUCACCGUCACUGCUGUGCUGAAGGCAAGCGACACUGAAUGGAACAACUACCUUUUCCUGGUCAGAAAGCUGGUGGAUAAAGACGUCCUGAGCAAAGAAGAGGUCAUAUCUCAUUGGAAGAAGUUAACAAACGUAGCCUUGCCAGCGGAGCUGAUAGAAAAUUUUCAGCUGCAGUCACAGGGUAUUAAGCCACAGUCGCCUCUGGCUGAGUUGCAAAGCCAUCUGGACAUGCUGCAGGUGUCCCAGCAGACAGUAGAGGGUGCUACAUGACAAUAAUAUUAUGCCCAUGGAAACCAGAGCACCUUUUCUGUGAUCCCCUCAGUGUUUUAUACCAGUUCUGUCAGUGUGGUACUCAAGAAAGAGAGACCAUUUGGAUGAGUUCCUGUUGUUUACUAUUUCUGAGUUUCUAAUGCACAGCACAUCAGAGCUGUCCCACAGUUGGUCUCUGCACACACUCACGAGCCCGAGACUUUUGGUAUUCACCUGUGCAGUUGGAGCAGCCUUUUAUGAAUCUCUCUUUGGUAAGGUGCCAGUGUAAAAACAAGUGAAGCCCUGCCAGUCAGGGGAGCAUGGGACCACAUAAACUCAGACUUUAUACAUGUUGAACUUUGUAUCUGUUUCUGUCUGAUGGGAGUACUUGUAGAUUAAAUAGUCAAGACUAUAACAAAAAAAAUAGCAAAGAUAGAAUAUGCAAUUGUAUAUUUUUGUUGUUUGUAGUAUUAAACACAUGUAGCUCUUAUGCAUUUAUACUCCUAUGUAUGAUGCCCCUGUAAAAGCCAUAGUCCAGACUACCCCUUAAAAUAGACAGAAAAUGUUGAUUUUAAAGACACUCUUGAAAGAAUUGAUGUCUUAAAUUUAGUAAAGCACUUUCACACACUGCCUUUGACCACCAAUACUAGUGACUGCAUGUUAAUUUCAUGAAUGCCAGACUGCGUUUGUGAUUUGUUUUUGUUCAUGUUGAACGGCUUCUGUAUUUCCUGCUGCUUUUAAAAAUGAAAUAUUUUUAUGUUGCCAAAAUGAAAUAAUAAAGAUUUAAUCUGCCUUGAGGUUGUACUCAUGAUU